AUGGAUUUCCUUCUUAUUGGUCUCUGUUUAAACUGGCUGCUGAGGAAGCCCCCGGGGUUGAUAUUGUGUACGCUGGGUAUCUUUUCUAAAAUGCUUCCAGCUGUGAAUAGUGGGUGUCCACAGCUCUGUCGGUGUGAGGGCAGGCUUUUGUACUGUGAAUCACUGAAUCUCACAGAGAUGCCUCGCAACCUGUCGGGCAUGAUGGGCUUGUCUCUGCGGUACAACAGCCUUUCAGAGCUGCAUGAUGGACAGUUCACAGGGUUAAUGCAGCUCACGUGGCUCUAUCUGGAUCACAAUCACAUUUGCUCAGUGGAGGGGAAUGCCUUUCAAAAAUUGCGGCGAGUUAAAGAGCUCACCCUGAGUUCCAACAAAAUAACCCAACUGCCCAACACCACUUUCCGCCCCAUGCCAAACUUGCGCAGUGUGGAUUUAUCGUACAACAACCUACAGUCUUUGGAGCCUGACCUGUUCCACGGGCUGAGAAAACUGACAACUUUGCACAUGCGGUCGAACGCCAUCAAGUUCGUGCCAGUGAGAAUUUUUCAGGACUGUCGCAGCCUGAAGUUUCUAGACAUAGGAUACAAUCAGUUAAAGAGCCUGGCUCGAAACUCUUUUGCAGGCUUGUUCAAACUCACUGAGCUGCACCUCGAGCACAAUGACUUGGUGAAAGUGAAUUUAGCCCAUUUUCCCAGGCUCAUCUCCCUGCACUCCCUCUGCUUGCGAAGGAAUAAAGUCACCAUCGUAGUAAACACUUUGGACUGGAUAUGGCAACUCGAAAAGAUGGAUCUCUCUGGCAACGAAAUCGAAUACAUCGAACCUCACGUUUUUGAAAGUGUACCUCAUCUCAAAUCCCUGCAGCUGGACUCCAACCGGCUGACCUACAUCGACUCCCGAGUCCUCGACUCCUGGAAGUCCCUCACGAGCAUCAGCCUCUCCGCCAACGCCUGGGACUGCAGCCGGAACGUCUGCGCCCUGGCCUCCUGGCUGAGCAACUUCCAGGGUCGCUACGACAGCAACCUGCUCUGUGCCACCCCCGAGUACGCCCAGGGAGAGGAUGUUUUGGACGCCGUGUACGCCUUUCACUUGUGCGAGGACAACGCCGACCCCACGAGCGUCAACACCUUCUCCCCGGUGACCAACAACAGCGAGCAGACGCUCGGCUAUGGCUCGGCCACCGCCACCUACGACGCGCCCGAGGGCGACGAGGACCGGACCACGUACGCCGUCACCAUCACCAUGCCCGGCGAGAACUCCGAGAACGCCGUGCAGAUUCACAAGGUGGUGACGGGCACCAUGGCACUGAUUUUUUCCUUCCUCAUCGUGGUUUUGGUGUUGUAUGUCUCCUGGAAGUGCUUCCCAGCCGGCUUAAGGCAACUAAGACAGUGCUUUGUCACACAGCGCAGGAAGCAGAAGCAAAAACAGACCAUGCACCAAAUGGCUGCCAUGUCAGCCCAGGAGUAUUACGUUGAUUACAAACCCAACCACAUUGAGGGAGCCCUGGUGAUCAUUAAUGAGUACGGAUCUUGUUCCUGUCACCAGCAGCCAGCGAGGGAAUGCGAGGUGUGAUUUUCCUUUGGGAUUUAAACAGUGUGCAACCAAAUAACAGCGUGCAGGCAGACAGUGGCACGGGGUGGGGGGGUGGUGCUGGGCUUUGCUGGUGAUUUCUGACGUGCACCCCAGCCCAAAUUGUUUAAGAGGGGCUGUCCAAGAGACUUGAUAUUUUAGCUUUAUCGUGUCUUAAAAACCUUCAGGACAGCCAAUCUUAAGGUUUCAUAUGCUAAUACUCCCUUUGAAGAUCUGUCAAUAUUCAGGAAUCUGAGAGUGUAAAAAAGGUACCAAUUAUUGAUCUUUUGUAAACUAAGAAAACUGUUUAAAAUAAAAAAAAAAAAAAAAUAGCAUUU